AUGUCUGACUGGACCUAUGAGAUGCUUCGAUAUGCUUUUAGCUGGAACGACGAGUCAAGCGAGAAGGCACUCAAGUAUGUGGUUAACGGGCGAACUCCCUCUGAGACCAUGUCGGAGUUUCAGCUCUUGGACAUACUUCUGCUGACAAUUCUGACCGAAAAGGACGAGGUGGAAAGAACCUCGGCGCUGGUUUUCUUGGAGGAGCAUGGCAAGAGCCUGGUCUUCGAUUAUUCGCGGCUUCACAAGGUGUAUUUUGUGCUUGAGAACAUUCUGGGCUCGCCCGUUGAUGGCCAGGGCAUGACCUACUCCUUGAAGUCGCAAGUUCUGGUCACGUAUACCGCACUUUUGAUCCAAUUCAACACAUUUGAGACGGAUGUUGCUCGUUUCGAAGGCUUCGUGGAUCUGCUAUAUUCAAUGGUGAAGCACACAAACAAGUCAGCUGACCGAAUCCUUCGGGCCUACGCAUGUGAGUGCUUGCACGAGCUCGAGAGCUGGCAUCCGGGUCUGUUGUUCCCUCUGUUGGGAGAGGAUUGGACCGUGCCGCCCAUCUGGGCGGCUGGAAUGACUGCUACAGUCCAGCAGGGCUCCUCUGUUGGACUGAAUACACUGGGCAAGUUUGCCAAUGAUGAGCUACUACACAUCCAGGAGAGCUAUGCGCGACUUUUCUUCACCACAAUCCAGCACUUUACCGAGCAAUUGGUUCAGGAGGCCUUGAAGCAUCAGCCAGAGGAAAGGCACGACCUCACCGAGCUUUCUAUGACGCCGCUGACAACUCCGGCAGGCUCGCGACCUGGCACGCCGCCGUUGACUCCACGUGGCGCAGGCGCCUUGGAGCCCACGCUGGGAGGUGCGAGUGGUGCGGGCGCGGGUGGUGCGGGUGCUCAGCAAGCCGGCGAAGCAAAGGACUCCGUGUUCCGCUUCCACAUCCCGAGGAACUGCCACGCGGGCCCGGAGUUCGCUUUUGAUCUGGCAGCAGAUCAAACUCCGCCCAGGCUGCCUCGGAAGCUGGUGCGGACGAUGACGCGGAGCAUCGGCUUGGUCUUGGAGGCGAUGCCCACGUCCUCGUCAUGGACUAAAAUCUUCAUUGCAGAGCGCCUGAGCCUCUUCGUCAAAGUCCUUGCGCUGCCGCAGCGCGUGGUGUUCCAUCACUUCAGCCCAUUGCUGCACGCGUCGCGGCCAUCGCUGCUACAUGCCUUCAUGGUGGUGAAUGCGCUGUUUGCCAAGGAGCUGGACAAGUCGGUGGCUGAGGCGGUGGUCCACCGACUCUUUGCUUUGGUACAGGAUGCGGCUAUGGAGUCCUGCUUUCGGCUCCUGUCGGUGAGUUGGCUCAUCGCGCUCUCAAGUAGCAAGCUGUCCUUCAACCUUCUCUGGGCCCGCGUGCAAGAGCUCUGCCCGCGCUGGCACGAUCCCUUGGAGCUCAAGGAGAUGAAGCUGCAAGCGCUCUUGUACUGCUUCAAGAUUUCUCAGACUCUACCCAGCAAUCUCUUGAUUGUAUUGGAGUCCCUCUCAGAGUUCAAGCACUGCCACCGGCCAGUGGGUGCUCACGCGGUGGUUUUCCGCUUUCUGCUGCGGGUGCUGAUUGACUUCGCACCUGAGAUGGACAGGCUGGAGGUUCCUCAAGCAUUGUGCGACAUGCUGCGGUCGCACCUGCGCCUGCUUCCGUCGGUCCUGGCGCUCAACCAGCGUGUCAACUCCAAGGCUGUCCAGUACAAGCUGCUGCAUUCGCUUGGCCAGUUCGUGUCGAGACUGGAGCCGCCGUCUAGGAUCCAAAGAUACUUUGGCCUCCUGGUGAUUCUCUCCGAGACGCCCUGGCUGGACCCGAGCUACGUCCUGACGGCCUUGCAUCGAUUGGUCUUCUGCCCAUCAUCCAGCCUUACAUGGGAAGCUGGCAUGCGGGUCCUGAUCACUUGUCGCCGGAUCAUCCUCUCGCAUCCUCAGGCGGUGAUCUACCAGCCCAUGCUCCGUCUCUUGCAGCACCUGGCAACCUAUCAGUCUGACGUCGACCUGCGAGACCGGUCGCUGCUCUACCUGAGGCCCGAAUGCCGAGUCAGGUGA